UUAUUUUGAUUACAUAACUAGUAUAACAGUAACGACUUAUCAAUUACUAAAGGAUUUAAAACGUAAACGGAUAGCUGUUACAUCGAGUUUAAGAGAUUGGAAUAUUGAUUUAUAUGAUAAAACUUUUGACUGUAGAGGUGAAAGUGUGCAAAAAUUGAUCCUAAGAAAGGUUGACUUGAAUGAAACGGAGGUGCGAAAUAAGCAAAAACAAUUUCUGGACCCUAAACCAGCACCAAUGACUUCAGUGCCACACCACCUUUAGAAAUUAUUUUAAAAGAGUUGCCUUUUGAUUGUGAUUAAACGCAAAAUGGAAUAAGAAUUAUAUUCAUUGCAAAAGAGCGCAUAAAUAGACCAACCUUGUAUUGAAGGUUUAAGCAAGGUCUCGACUGAUAGAAAUCAUAUCACAUAGUUAUACGCUAAAUAUGUUGCUAAAAAGGGACUGCUAUAGUUGAGAUGUUUUGCAUUUUAUGUAACUAAGGAAUAUAUAUAUAAACACAUAUAAAUAUGACUGACAAGUCACAUGAAACAGCUAGCAACGUCCAUACUUGGCGUAUAUGGCUUCAGUUGUCUUUUCUAUAGAAAGAAACGGUGUCAGGUAAUUAUCGUAUCGGAUCCUACAUUUUGUGUUAUCAUUCUAACGAAAAAAACAACGAAAGACAUACUGGUACAUAACUGGUUUUAUUAAAAUCAGUAAUGAUGUCAAGAUCGUUUACCGUUAAACCCUGGUCUUAUCAUCAAUAUGACACUAUUUUUAGUAGCUGUAGUACAACGAGACAGAACAAAAAUGUGUCCUUAAAACAUAAAAGAUAUGUGCAAAUACCAAUUGAAGAUGUGCGGAGAAAACUUACCGAGAGGAGCAUCAUAUCAUAUGAAACAGACGAACUUACCGGUCAGCAUCAAAUAGCCUAUAAGUCAAUUAGUCAGUCAAAAGCUAUUCUGAAGGAUGAUCGAGAAAAAGUUGCCCUUCCACGUAAACACUAUCACAAUAUAGAGAGUUUUUUGUCUUCAUUCGAAAAUCAAGAUGAUAAAACCGUUACUUGUGAAGCACAUCCUUUCUUAGAAAAUCUUCAUUAUAAGUAUAAUAAUCCCCUUUAUCGGAGUUGCAGUCAAACAAGAGACCCUCCAACAUCAUAUUGUGAGAACAUUGAGGAUCAACAGAACUCAUCUGGAGUUGUAACUGAAAAUCCUCUAGCUAAAUACAAGUAUUAUCCUGAGAGAAAACGUUCAUUCGAGCGGUGUAUAUAUAUUGCAAAGCCAGACCAGGACAAUCUUAGUAAAGCUGGUUUCUUUUACACUGGAGCUAAAGACAAAGUUCGUUGUUUUAGUUGUGGUAUUGGACUCAAAGAUCUUACUGUCGACAUGAAUCCAGAGGUAGAGCAUGUCAGGCAUUCUGAUAACUGCUCAUUUUUAUCAUAUCAUCUUGGUCAAAGGCUAACAACCGUAAAGACGGAUCUUUGUAAGAGUGAUGCUGAAUAUUACAGAAAAUGGCAGUAUAGUAAAGAAAACCAAUGUCCAAUAUAUGAUUCAAACUUUGAGAAAAUAAAAGACCGGAUUGCAUCACUUGAUAGAUGGCCCCUUGCAACAUAUGAACAUUCAGUGGCUGAAGCGGGAUUUUAUUACAGUGGUUUUGAAGCUGACGUUCGAUGCUAUGCAUGCGACGGUGGGUUUCGAAAGUUAAAAUCGGUAGAUGAUUUGUGGUUGGAUCAUUGCUUCUAUUUUCCAUCAUGUCUUUAUUUGGAAUCAAAAGUUGGACCGCAUUUUUUAAACCAGGUUAAUGAAAUUGCAAGCGCCAUUCACCUGAAGGAGGAGAACUUGAUAGCAACAGGUGGGGCAACAAUGCGUGAAAUGUCUUCUGAAAACCAUUCAUAUCUUAAAAGUCAGUGUUUGGAAAUGGGAUUCCAGGAAAGGGAUGUUGAUAAUGCUCUCACCCAGAUGGUUAUAAGAGGGUACAGGCACAACAUCGGGCCGUUGUUAGAGUUGUUAACGUAGAAAGGGAACUGCAAUCAACUUGGAAAAUAUUGUUAAAACAUUGAUUUCAGUUUUCUUUAACAUAAAUCAUAGAUUUAAAAUUUGUAUGAUAAAAACAUUUAAACCAGUAAGUAAUGAAAGUGUGCAAUACACAUAAAAUAUUGCAUGAAUGUCUUUUCUGCCUUGUUUCCUCAAUAUUGAAGGCUCAACUCAACUUAAAUCAACAAGAACAACAUUCACAGGUAAUAUUUCUUUCAUCAAAGGCUUUAUCAAAUACUUUCGAAAGAUCAUACUCCAGGUAAUGACUUAAAUGAAAAAAAUUGCUUUGACAUCCAGGGGCAACGAAAAAGUCGAUCUUUGUCAUGACAGCUAUGAGUAAGCGAUUAAGCUAGGUCCCGAAUUAAGUCGUUUGUUCUCGACUUCCUGACACAUGUUUUACUUUCAUAGUUGAUAAGUCAACUGCAAUCGUCCACCAACUUACUGGUGCGAAAAGCCAAUGCUUUCAGAAAGAUUGGUCCUUCGCAUACACAAAUUAACUUAGUACGUAGUUUGGUAAAUAUUUCUCAAUUUGAUAAUUUGUGAAUAUGCCAGUGGUACAUGUUAAACAGCAGAAUAAUAAAACAUAGAAGGCGUUUAAUUAAAAAAAUUGUAGAUAAUUUAACAUAGUGAAUAUUUAUUGCUUAACCGUCAGUAUAUGUUCAGUUAAGUGUAGCAGAUUAAAUGCGUUAAAACUGCGACGUUUAGUUGAAAAAUAGCAUGCGUAAAUAAUCAAAAAU